GGAGUCAGUUGGCUAACCUGUCGAUCGAAGAGGCAGUGAUCAGCCAUUUUCCCGAGUCACUGCAUGAUACGGUCAUUGUAGGUAACACUUUACGGAGUCAUCGUCAAUACGCUCGUAGACUCGGCCGGAUAAAAUUUUGUUUCGAACUGUGUGAAAUCGCUCAAGGAUGGAGACCAUACUCGGAAUCAGGUGCAGGGAUUUCGUCAUGCUCGCGACCGACAUGUCCAACACCACAAGCAUAAUGGUCAUGAAGACCGACGAAAAGAAGAUCUAUCCCGUCUCGGAUAGGAUAAUCAUGGCCGUGACGGGCGGCGAAGGGGACGCACACCAGUUCGCCGAGUACAUCGUCAAGAACAUGCAGCUUUACAAAAUGAGGAACGGAUACGAACUCAAGCCGAAACCCACCUCGCAUUUCGUCAGGCAAAAUUUAGCAGACUACCUAAGAAGUCAGACUCCUUAUCAAGUCAAUCUAAUGCUAGGGGGCUAUGACCCUGACGAAGGGGGCCAACUUUUCUUCAUGGAUUACUUGGCGGCAUACCAAGAAGUCCCUUACGGAGUGCACGGCUAUGGCGGUCUAAUGGCCGUCAGCAUUUUGGAUCGAUAUUGCAGACCUGAUAUGUCAAUAGAAGAAGCUUAUGGAGUAUUAGAAAAGUGUAUAGCUGAAGUGCAAAAAAGGCUUAUAAUCAACCUUCCCAACUUUCAUGUCAAAGUUGUCGGCAAAGACGGCGUUCAAGAAUUGAAGAAUAUUACCAGCAAAGAUCUGGCUAGCAAGGGUGCAGAUCUUUAAAUCUGUCGCUGUUCGAAUAACUGCUAUUUAAUUUGCAUUGCACUAUAUUUUACAUACUUUUUGUAAAUAAAUAAAAAUUAAGUUACUAUGUUGA